CAUGGCUGCUUACCAGGGUUUAAAAAAACCCCGGCUUUUUUCUCACUGCUAAAUAUCCAAAAUAUCCUCUGUGCAGUUAAACCAUGUGAAAGUUUGUAGCAUGUUAAACGUUUCCUUUGCAAAGCUACGAUUCUCUCUAACUGUGGGAAAUUUCAACUGCAUGCACAGUUCAAAGGCAACAGCAAAAGUUCAUUUUGUAUGGGUGUAUUCCCACAGUGUUCCUGGGAUAGGAUCCGGAUCCAGCGUGAACGUGACCAGGAUGAAGCGCUUACUGAAACUAACCUCCAGCACUCCUGCUGUUCAGAGAGUCAUGGCAUCUCUGGACUAUGAUGAAGUGACGGCGUUUCUAGGAGAAUGGGGGCCUUUUCAGCUCAGCAUCUUCAUCCUGCUCAGCCUCAGCAUUGUGCCGAACGGAUACUCCGGCAUGGCCAUGGUCUUCCUCGCCGACACGCCGGACUUCCACUGCAGGUCGCCGCACCUGAACGGGAGCGCUGCUAACGCGAGCCGGGCGGAAGUGGAGAGCGCGGCACGCGACACCACCAGCGGCUGCGAGCAGCGCGUGAACGGCAGCAGCGAGCCGUGUGUGAGCGGGUGGGACUACAGCACCGAGCGCUACCACAACACUGUAGUCACUGAGUGGGACCUGGUUUGCGGAGAUGCCUGGAAGGUUCCCUUCACGCUGUCCAUCUUCUUCGUGGGAGUGCUGAGUGGGUCAUUCAUAUCUGGAGAAUUGUCUGACAGGUUUGGACGUAAGACAGUCCUGUUUGCCACCAUGGCCACUCAGCUGGUGUGCAGUCUGCUCCAGGUCGUCUCAGUCAGCUGGGAGAUGUUUGCCGUUUUCUUCUGUCUUACUGGCUUCGGCCAGAACUCCAACUACAUGGCGGCCUUUGUGUUAGGCUCGGAGCUGCUGGGGAAAAAUUUGCGCCUGGCUUUUUCUGUGCUGGGUGUGUGUGUGUUUUAUGCAGUGGGUUACGCUCUCCUUCCACUAUUUGCCUAUUAUUUGAGGAGUUGGAGGAUCCUGCUAACAGCCCUGUCCCUGCCUGCACUACUUUACAUCCCCCUCUGGUGGUUUAUUCCAGAGUCUCCGCGCUGGCUGCUGUCUAAAGGCCGUGUCCAGGAAGCAGAGGACAUCAUCAGAGCAGCAGCGAGGAAAAACGGUAUCACUCCACCUGAGGUUAUAUUCAAGGAUUCACAACUGAUUAUAUCUGAGUCCGAAAGUUCUGAUGUCUCUUACACAUACAUGGACCUGAUCAGGACUCCAAAGAUGAGGAGUGUAACUCUGUUGAACAGUGUUGUAUGGUUCACAAUCACCAUCAGCUACUUUGGCCUGUGUCUGAGCACUCCUAACAUGAACGGAGACCCGUAUCUGAACUGCCUGUUCUCAGCACUGACCGAGGUGGCGGCAUACGUGCUGACGUGGCUCCUGAUCAAGGUGGUGCCGAGGCGAGCGCUCAUUACAGGUCCACUGCUGAGCGGUGGCCUCGUCCUGCUGCUUAUCCCGGCCGUCCCUCCAGAUUACGGCAGUCUGACAGUGGUGCUGGCCAUGGUGGGGAAGCUCGGGGUCACAGCAGCUUUCUCUGUCCUCUACAUCUCGACAGCGGAGCAGUUCCCCACAGUGGUGCGCGGGAUGGGGAUGGGAAUCUGCAGCAUGUGCUCGAAGAUUGGCAGCACCAUCUCUCCAUUUUUCCCCUACUUCGGUCAUUAUGAUCAGGUUCUGCCCUAUAUUCUGAUGGGAGUGCUGACGCUAAUUGCUGGGCUGCUGAGUAUUCUGAUGCCAGAGACACGAGGCAUUCCCCUCCCCGAGGCCAUCUCACAAGUACAGAGUCUAAACUGGUGCUGUGGCUGGUGUAGAAAUCGUCGGAGAACAGAAAAAACACAUGAGGGUCUGGCAACAAAGAUGUGAUCUGAGAAUCCCAGUGCAGCAACGUGCACUUUCUGAUACUUGACCUUAAUACAAAUGCCAUUUCAUGUAGUAUACUAAGUAGGUUUACACUACCAUUGAUCAAAAUUUUUUAUUUUAUCAGCAUUUUUAUUUGUCAGAUUGCAGAGUGAUUUGUCAGCUGUUUUAGUCAUUUGUUCACAGAUUUGCACAUUUAUAAAUAUAUUCAUAUAUAAUUAUGCAAAUGUUUUUAAAGAGUAUAAUUCGAACAUUUUUUUGUAUGUGUAUAUAUUUUUAUUGUGCUGGUGUCAUGUGGAAACACUGAUUACAUAAAUAGACACAUUGAUAACAUUAAUCAAUACUACAAAUGAAGUCAUACCCUGAGAUCUAUAAUAGUGUCAUAAUGACUGAGUUUAACUACUUCAGGGUCGAGUUUGUGUUGACAGAAAUAUACCUAGAGGACUUCUGACUACCUGAGCCUGCUGCGUCCAGAGUUUAAUAUUCCUGUAAUAAAUAUCAGAAGGCCUUAGAAUGAUAUACUAAUAAUGAUUUUAUGUAUGACCGUAAAUACUUAAAGGAACAUUCUGAUGAAAAGUAAAUUUACAGUUUCCUA